AUGGAGAUCGGUAAUCGGACACCGGAGAGGAAAAUCCUCGGGGAACUGAGCAAUACCAAGCCGGAACCUAUUUCUCCAACAGCUAAUUUGAGAUUAUUAACAUCAUUGGCAUCUAAUUUGAAGAGCGUAGCUGACAAUAAUUAUUGUCUUAAUAAAGUCCAGAAUAAUAGCAAUAAUAAUAUUAUUAAUAUCAAUAAUAGUAAUAUUAAUAUUAUUAAUCAUAACAAUAAUUAUAUUACUGAAUCCUCUCCAAUUGCAUCCGGGUCUAUUGGAAAUGGAUUCAAGAUAUUACCCAGGAAACAAAAGUCACUGGGAUUACUGUGUAAUAAAUUUUUGAACAUGUACCCGCUAAAUCUAGACCAAGAAACUCGAGAAAUUUCUCUCGAUAAAACUGCCAAAGACCUUGGCACAGAAAAGCGGCGUAUUUACGACAUCAUCAAUGUCCUGGAGAGCCUGGACAUGGCCUCCAAGGCCGGGAAAAAUCGGUACUUGUGGCACGGACAGAGUAACCUGACUGCCACGCUGGUCAGACUGAAAUCCACAGCAAUAAGACUCGGUCUGAGAGAGCAGAUCCAGGAGAUCCAGAAAAAUUUCCGGGCUUACACCAACGAUAACGAUGACUCGUGCAAUGAGCUGAUGAUGUCGCUCGAAGAACCUGUCGAUGAAGAAACUUAUUACAGUGAUACGGCUAUCAAGGAGGAUAAGAGUCUUGGAGCGAUGUGCCAGAAGUUUGUCAUGUUAUUCUUGGUCUCUAUGAAGAAUGGAGUCAUUAAUUUAGAAAUAGCUGCUAAGGUGUUGAUUCUUGAUAACGCGGAUAACCAGACUGAAAUGAUGGGAGACACUGGGUCCAGAUCGAGGUUCAAAACCAAAGUUCGUCGAUUGUAUGACAUUGCUAAUGUACUGACGGCUAUUGGAUUGAUUAAGAAAAUAUAUUUGUUUGAUAGAGCGCUGAAGAAACCUAUUUUUAAAUAUUUUGGGCCUGAUGUUGAGUCUACAGAGUCUUUUGAUACUGACACACCAGUUAGUAAAAUACACAGCUCAUCAAUUGGUAUGUCCACGCCAGAUAAAUGCUUAACUCCACAUUCUUACCAUUCAUACGCCGCAACAUCUGCCAAUUUUGGGACUAGCAAAGCGUUCAUCAAAAAUUGCUACAGUACUCCUACGAUAGACAAACGUAAAUUGCGCAAAAGGAAAUUAUUUGAUUCAGAUACUGCGUCGUUUUCCCGAACAAACAGUCUUCCGAACCUCGACAACAAGUCGCGAUCCCUAGAACGACUGGACGAUUCGAUUCUCCGCGUAGCUGAGAUGGAGUUGGAGAAACUUAAUUCCAGUGAAGAACCAAAACCAAAGGCCUGCACGAAGCUUCUUACCCGCUACAAAUCUGACUCGUGCAUAAAAAAUCCUCCAUUAUUGCCAGACAAGUUGAUUAAGACUGACUCAGCGCAUCCGAUCGUUAAACUAGAGCCUGAAGUAAAUAACCAAAGUCUAGUCGUACAGAGUGCAAAUGCUGAGAGUGUGUACAAAAAUUUGAAAGUUUCUCAAAUGGCAAUCAGAACCGGACAACUGAAUAAAAUAAAUCCAACGGCUUCAACCAUCAUUAAAACAAAGCCGGUUCACAAAAUAAUGAAGCUGAUUCCCAUCGGAAGUAUUUCUUCUCUUCAAGAUCCUAUCUCUGCGGGUACUACAAAAAUUUUAAUUCCCAAAUCAAUGAGCUCUGUGGUUGACAAUAAUAACACUAAAAGCACGUGUUACAAACUCAGCCAGCCGAAAACUACUCGAGUUAUUAAUUUGACGAAAAUAGAUCCUAAUAAGUUGAUCCCUAUCAAAAGAAGCGACAUCAAGUUUUCGCUGGCCGAACAAACUUACUCGAAGCCUAUUGUGAUGCAACAGCAGGUUCAACCUGCUGACAAUAGUGUAAAUUUGGGAAACAAUUCAGGGUACGCUAUGUUGACGCGCAUUCAAGCAGCUACUGUAUCACCUGGUGAUACCUUCAAAGCUAUUAAAGUCGGCAAUACUUUGCAACUCGUCCCGAUUAAUAGUAGCAAUGAUAAAUAA